AUGGGAGGAAGUUGGUGCUUUGCGCAACGUGUGGUGACUAAUCGUGGCACGUGUGAGAGGGGACUUUUAUACGGUAACGAAAAGAGUCUGUCUUCCGGUUUGAGCGUCCAAGUGAUCAUGACCUCGACAUUGUCCCUCUUCGCCGCCAUUGUAGCGGCGGUCACGUGCUUCACUCAAGUCCAGGCCCAUGGCUACAUGCUCCUUCCGCUCACAGAGUUUAAGGGGACACCGACAGGAGCGUGGAUCGUGCAGAUCGCCCCACAAUUCCAAGCCAACUGGGAGUCUGUUCGCAACGAUGAAGAAGUCAUCGCGCUCUACGUAGAAAAAGCCAAGGAGGCUGGUUAUGCCAACAACAUCCGAAAACUAUUGGACAGUGACACCAAUUUAUAUGGAGCUCACUGUGGCUUCUCCAAUCCUGACGCUAAGCCGAAGGACCCACCGAAAGACGGCACGGCUACCUUUGUGCGCGGACUUGCCCACCACAGGACUGCAUUCCAUUGA